AUGGAUUCCAAUUUUACAGAAUUUGAAGAGCUGAUAGACCCGGAGUUUGACUCCAAAAGUUACUCAAAUUCGAUGCUGAAGGCAAUGAAUACUACUUCUAAUGAACUAGAUAUUGAUGCACCAAAGAAAAAAGCUCAAUACGAUGCUGAUGAGCUUAAGUCGAGAUACGAGUCUUUCCUAAAGUCACAUGCCAGUGGUUUAAUGGAUGAAUUUGAUAGAGAAAGGAAAUUGAACGGCUCUAUAUCCGCAGAGUUGAAACCUAGUUUAGAAUAUAUGAGCAUAUCCUACAACAGACUACUCGAACAAGUCUUAGUGCCUUAUGAGAGAGCCCAGAAACUACAAGCAGCGUUAAAUUCGGUACAUCAGACGUCAACCUUACUGCGAGAUGUCCUCAUGUUUGUACAUCUAUCACAACAAAUUACAAGCUUUGUACCGUUACAAGGUGAAGAUAAACUCAGUGCGGUUUCGAUUUCCAAACUAGCAUCGUUACACUAUCAAAUCCAACUAAAUCAAAGUCAACAUCCUAACUUAAAAUCGCUGAAAUUUGUGAAAGAGAUGGAAUCUCAGACCCUGGCUCCAAGAAGGAAAAGCUUGCUUUCACAUAUAACAUUGACCAUAUCAAGGGAGUGUCUGAAUUCAAUCAAAUUGAGAUCCAAUGAAAAUGAUUUAAAAAGUCUUCUGCUGUCUCUAUACACAUUAUCUGAGCAAGAAUUUUACGUAACGCUGCAAAAGAUAAUAUUAACAAAUGCGACAAACACGAGCAGAAUACUGAGUAAAUCUGUAAACGCAAUAAAAACGCUACCAUCACUGUUUGAAGAGGCAGUUAAAAAGGGACAUGACGUUUAUGUUAUCGAAACUUUACUACAGAAUGUUAAGGUUGAAAACUCGAACCUUUUGGUUCAAUUUACAAGAUUGAGUAGAAAUAAAGCUAGCACACCAAGACAGUUAUAUUGGGGGAAAGUCUCAAGUGCAUUUAAGAUUGAUUUAAAUACUGCCAUAGAAAGAGGUGGACCAGUGGGUAAACAGAUUGUUAAUAGCAAAACAUUUAUUCUUGACACAAUAAAGGAUGUUUUUCAAAGGAUGUCAGAAGAAGAACCGGAUUUUGAGCACAAUCUACAAAUAAUGAUAGGUGUAUUAUAA